UUUCCCCCCUCUGUAGUUUUCUAUUUUUCCUCUAAUUUUUUCUUCUUCCCUCCAAAUUUUCUCCUUUUCCCUCCAAAUUUCCCUAAUCUCACACACACUCCCUCUCUCUUUAUAUAUACUCGCUCGUUGUUUCCCGAUGAUGAAGCCUACAAAUUUAAAAGUCUAGAGAGAGAGAGAGACAAGAUUCUUCUCCGAUCCCCUGCAAUUCUCUGAAAUCAGAUCAGUCUUCUUCGGCCUCGACCGGUCAAAAUCGCCAUCUGGGUCUCCAACAUCUCGAGCCGCCAAUGGAUCUCUCCCAUCAAAAGGACCCCGGAUCCGUAGAUCCGAGCGCCAGAGAGAGCUCAGAUUCAGCGGAAGCGGACGAGCUGAAGAGCUGCGACGACUGCAGGACGACGAGAACCCCUCUUUGGAGAGGCGGCCCAAACGGGCCCAAGUCCCUCUGCAAUGCGUGCGGGAUUCGGUACAGGAAGAAGAGGAGAGAAUCGAAGGGGGUGGAGGGGUUGGGGAUGAAGAUGAAGGUUCUGGGGUUGAAGAAGAAGUGGAAGCAGAGGAUAAUGGGGGAGGAGGAGCAGGCUGCUGUGAAGGUUCUGGGGUUGAAGAAGAAGUGGAAGCAGAGGAUAAUGGGGGAGGAGGAGCAGGCUGCUGUGCUGUUGAUGGCUCUUUCCUCUGGUUUGCUCUACGCGUAGGUUUUGUUAAGAGGGGGAUUAAGAUUAGUGAUGGUUAAUGAUGAUGGGGGUAAUAAUAAUAAUUGUUGGGUGUUAUUUGGGUUUUUUGGGGUGUUUUCGUCAACACGACGUGAGUUUUGGCUAAUUGUGACUUUUUUUUUUUGGUUGCACAACCCAUUACUAAAAUGUAAGAUGUUAUAUCCUCUCUUGAUUGGAUUUGAUUAAGAAAACAAUUUAGUAAUUUAAUCUUUGGUGGUGUUGAUAUGAUGUAGAUUUUGUUGCUUGUUAAGGUGCUGGUUGGACGUUUGCGAGGAGCUGGGAGAAAUUUGAACUGCUGUAUUUAUUCGUGAUUCUUUCAUGAUAUGAAAAAAUAAAGGAAAAAUUGCUU